AUGCCAAUCGCUCCACCGACACCUCCGCCACCGACGCCUGCCCCACCACCGACAGCAGUCUCACCAGCACCCGCGCCACCAGUACCCGCACUGGUGCACAUGUGGGCAGCAGUCAGCGGCGCGUGCGCGAGAGACGGCUCUUGCGUGGAGAGCCCCAACUACCCGCAGGAUUACGGCGUGGAUCAGGAGUGCACCGUGGAGAUCGAUUUGGGGUCAGCGGCACCUAUCCUCGUGGAGAGCUUCAAUACGGAGUCGUUUUUCGACUACCUCAUUGUCAACGGAGUGGAGUAUUCUGGAGGCAUCGGUCCCAGCGGCAUCACACCAUCAACGAGUAUUGUUUGGUCUUCUGACUUUACUGCAACCCAGAGUGGCUGGAGGCUGUGCGCAGGCUCUCCACCGUCGACGCCUGCCCCACCGACACCCGCUGCCCCGACACCCGCGCCCAUGCCAAGCGCGCCACCGACACCUGUUCCACCACCGACAGCCGUGUGGCCCACUCCCGCACCUCCGACGCCCGCACUGGUGCACAUGUGGGCGGCUGUCAGCGGCGAGUGCGCGAUUGAUGGCCCUUGCUUGGAGAGCCCCAACUACCCGCAGGAUUACGGCGUGGACCAGGAGUGCACCGUGGAGAUUGAUUCGGGGUCAGCGGCACCUAUUCUAGUGGAGAGCUUCAAUACGGAGUCGUUUUUCGACUACCUCAUUGUCAACGGGGUGGAAUAUUCAGGAACCUACGGACCCGACGGCAUCAUACCGUCAACGAGCAUAGUUUGGUCAUCUGAUAAUAUGUGGAGCGAGAAUGGUUGGAGGUUGUGCGCACAGGCACCUGAGCCACCGACGCCUGCGGCGCUACCGACACCGGCACCACAGCCUGUAGUGCACAUGUGGGCAGCAGUCAGCGGCGACUGCACGCUUGUCGGCUCUUGCGUGCAAAGCCCCAAUUAUCCACAGAUUUACGGUGUGGAUCAGGGGUGCACCGUGGAGAUCGACUUGGGGUUAGCGGUGCCCAUUGCAGUGGAGAGCUUUGAUACGGAAUCCGGCUGCGGAUUUCGAUUACCUCACCGUCAACGGAGUGGAGUAUUCUGGAAGUGCUGGUCCAAGUGGCAUCACACCAUCAACGAGCUUAGGUUGGACCUCCGACUCCUAUGCAACCCAGAGUGGCUGGAGGUUGUGCGCAGGCUCUCCACCGUCGACGCCUGCGCCACCGACGCCUGCGCCACCGACGCAUGCGCCAAUGCCAAUCGCUCCACCGACACCUCCGCCACCGACGCCUGCCCCACCACCGACAGCAGUCUCACCAGCACCCGCGCCACCAGUACCCGCACUGGUGCACAUGUGGGCAGCAGUCAGCGCGGCGAGUGCGCGAUUGAUGGCCCUUGCUUGGAGAGCCCCAACUACCCGCAGGAUUACGGCGUGGACCAGGAGUGCACCGUGGAGAUUGAUUCGGGGUCAGCGGCACCUAUUCUAGUGGAGAGCUUCAAUACGGAGUCGUUUUUCGACUACCUCAUUGUCAACGGGGUGGAAUAUUCAGGAACCUACGGACCCGACGGCAUCAUACCGUCAACGAGCAUAGUUUGGUCAUCUGAUAAUGUGUGGAGCGAGAAAGGUUGGAGGUUGUGCGCACAGGCACCUGAGCCACCGACGCCUGCGGCGCUACCGACACCGGCACCACAGCUUGUAGUGCACAUGUGGGCAGCAGUCAGCGGCGACUGCACGCUUGUCGGCUCUUGCGUGCAAAGCCCCAAUUAUCCACAGAUUUACGGUGUGGAUCAGGGGUGCACCGUGGAGAUCGACUUGGGGUUAGCGGUGCCCAUUGCAGUGGAGAGCUUUGAUACGGAAUCCGGCUGCGGAUUUCGAUUACCUCACCGUCAACGGAGUGGAGUAUUCUGGAAGUGCUGGUCCAAGUGGCAUCACACCAUCAACGAGCUUAGGUUGGACCUCCGACUCCUAUGCAACCCAGAGUGGCUGGAGGUUGUGCGCAGGCUCUCCACCGUCGACGCCUGCGCCACCGACGCCUGCGCCACCGACGCAUGCGCCAAUGCCAAUCGCUCCACCGACACCUCCGCCAUCGACGCCUGCCCCACCACCGACAGCAGUCUCACCAGCACCCGCGCCACCAGUACCCGCACUGGUGCAUAUGUGGGCGGCUGUCAGCGGCGAGUGCGCGAUUGA